AUGUGUGUGGGGGGGGAGGUGGUAUUUAAAGGGAAAAGCUGACAGUGCUGCUGAGUGAGGGAGCGGGUGCUGCGAGCUGCUGGGCUGCACACGCUUACGCACACCGAUGCACACGGACCCGGACACAGACAUGGACAUGGACACAGAAACCACAGCACUCUGCCCCUCUGGCAGCCGCCGGGCCUCCCCUCCAGGGACGCCCACGCCAGAAGCAGAUACCACACUACUAAAGAAGUCAGAGAAACUGUUGGCAGAGUUGGACCGGAGCGGGCUACCCUCUGUCCCUGGGGCCCCCAGACGAAGAGGCAGUAUGCCUGUCCCCUACAAGCAUCAGCUCCGGCGGGCCCAGGCUGUAGAUGAACUUGACUGGCCACCUCAGGCCUCAUCGUCUGGCUCCUCUGACUCCUUGGGCUCAGGGGAGGCAGCCCCUGCUCAAAAGGAUGGCAUCUUCAAGGUCAUGCUAGUGGGGGAGAGCGGCGUGGGCAAGAGCACCCUAGCAGGCACUUUUGGUGGUCUCCAGGGAGACAGUGCUCAUGAACCAGAGAACCCAGAGGAUACCUAUGAAAGACGCAUCAUGGUGGAUAAGGAGGAAGUGACUCUAGUCGUUUAUGAUAUAUGGGAACAGGGGGAUGCAGGAGGGUGGCUGCGGGACCACUGCCUUCAGACCGGGGACGCCUUUCUCAUCGUCUUCUCAGUCACUGACCGACGGAGCUUCUCCAAAGUUCCAGAGACCCUACUUCGGCUCCGGGCUGGGAGGCCGCACCACGACCUACCCGUUAUCCUUGUUGGAAACAAGAGCGACUUGGCCCGCUCCCGGGAGGUAUCACUGGAGGAGGGCCGCCACCUGGCCGGGACGCUGAGCUGCAAGCACAUCGAGACGUCGGCCGCACUGCACCACAACACGCGGGAGCUCUUCGAGGGCGCGGUGCGCCAGAUCCGCCUGCGGCAGGGCCGAAGCCGCGCCGGGGGCCAGAGGCCCGAGCCGGGCAGCCCCGAGGGCCCUGCGGCGCCCGCACGCCGCGAGAGCCUCACCAAGAAGGCCAAGCGGUUCCUCGCCAACCUGGUGCCGCGCAACGCCAAGUUCUUCAAGCAGCGCUCCAGGUCGUGUCACGACCUCUCGGUGCUCUGAGCCGCGGUCGCCAUGGCCACUGCGGUCGCCAUGGUCACCGCGCCCUCCGCUCGCCCCCCUCGCCCCGCCCCGCCCCCGUCCGGCUUCCCUGGUGGAGGCCGUCUAGGAAACCAAAAACUCCCAGGAUGCCCCGGUGUGACCGCGGAGGGCGGCCCGGGGCCGCUGGGCGGUACCUCCACACCCUCCCCGACGCGUUCUCCGGACCUUCGGGCCUCAGGGCGCCUAGAAGGCAAGGACGCAGACCUGAAGGCUGCCGGUGAGCGGGGCGGGUUCUGCUGGGUCGGGAAGAAAAAUAAUUCUGCAAGGUAGUUUGUUUUUUAUUAAUUCGCGCUUGGCCACCUCAUCUGUAAAGAGAUUCUAAAAGCGAGAUCUGGAAAAGUGCUUUGUAGAUUCCUUGAAGGAGUUUGCCUCCUUUGUACGCUGCGUGAACUUGUCUCACCUUUAAGAGAGCCUUAAAGGUAAAGAUCAUGGAGACCCUUCCUCCAGGGACCUUCCUGAAAACGUUUUGGCUCUCAUCUGCUGCCGCGUGUGUCCACUUUGCCUUUAAGGAGUUCUUAAAGGCAAGGGCCUGGAAGCCUUUGAUUCACUUGACUUACUAGUCCACCAUGGCACUUCCCCUUUAAGAUUAUUAAAGGUAAGGGGUGGACAGACUUGCUGCAUUCAGAUGCUGAGCAGUGGCAACCCCUUUGGGCUAGGGCCCAGGGGGCACCAGCAAGAGGCCACCCUUUCCCUUUUCAAUAAAUAAUUUUUAUACUGCAUC